CUCCCUCCCUCUCUAGCCUCUGCCAUACACUCGUUGCUCGAUCACCUGUUUCAAAACGCUUACAUUCGCUGUUCUUGUUCGGAUAUCAACAACUUACACCAUUCUUAAUACACCCGUGUAACACCACAAACCAAACACCACCAGUCAAGAUGCGUUUCACCUCCAUCAUCGUCACCGGCGCUUUCGCCGUUCUGGCCGCCGCCCAGUCUACCACCACCACCUCCGCUUCCGCUGCCUCCUCCGCUCAGGCUGUCAUCGAGAAGUGCCUGUCUGGCUGCCCGGCCACCGACGUCAACUGCCAGGCCAAGUGUAUCUCUGUCCCCAACCCCAACGAGGACCAGGUCAACAAGACCACCGCCUGCGUCGCCAAGUGUGAUCAGGGUGACGGGAGCGCGGCAGCUACCGAAAGAUACGCUACUUGUACGCAGAAUUGUAUCGCUGCGAACUACUGGAGCAGCGGCGCUACUCCCGCUGCCACCGCUGGAUCUGGCUCUGGCUCUGGCUCAAGCGGUAGCGCGACUGCUGCCACUGCUACCGGUUCCGCUGCCACGGGCUCUGCCUCUGGCACUGCCACCCGCGCUUCCGGCUCAUCUGCUGCCUCUGGCACCGAGGCUGCAUCCAGCUCAUCCUCUACCGCCAACGCCGCUGCCCCCGCCCUGGUCGGCUCUGCGUCAUUCGGUGUUGUCGGUCUUAUCGGCGCCGCUCUCCUGAUCUAAAUACCUUUGCCAUUCGGAGGAUGAACACAAAAGGUGGAUGAGAGGAUGAGUGGGAUGAAUGUAUGGAUUCACGGAGAGGGGUAUAUACCAUUUGGGAGACGAUUGCUAUAUAUGUGGUCAAUGAUUUAAUAGGCAGA